CCUAACCUGCAGGCGUUUGAAAGUGUUCCAACAGUUUUACGCCCUUACUAUCAGUCAAUGUUGGGUGUGCCAUAAUGCCAUUGCCUUGCAGAAAUGGCAAUAUGAGCCAACACCUUAUAACCAUUCUUGACCAAUGCAAAUGCAUGCUUGAGCUAAAGAAAAUUCAUGCUCUCCUGACCACUAUUGGCUUCUCCCAAGACUACCCUUUUGUAUCAAAAGUUCUUUCUUUGUCUGCACUUUCUGAUUGGGGUGACAUCGAGUACUCAUACAGGGUAUUUUCACAACUUUCCAGUCCGAGAACUUUUUAUUGGAACACAAUUAUAAGGGGUUACUCAAAUAGCAAAAACCCGAAUCCGUCCAUCUCAGUUUUUGUCAAAAUGCUGCGGGCUGGGGUCUCACCAGAUUAUUUGACGUACCCUUUUCUGCUGAAGGCGUCAUCACGCCUUUUGAAGCAGGAACUUGGGGCGGCGGUGCAUGCCCAUGUCGUGAAAACUGGCUUUGAGUCUGAUAGGUUUAUUCAGAAUUCUUUGAUUCAUAUGUAUGCUUCUUGUGGGUAUGUCGUGUAUGCACGUGCGGUAUUUGAUGGAAUGCUGGCAAGAAACUUAGUUUCUUGGAAUGCAAUGUUGGAUGGGUAUUCCAAGUGUGGGGUUAUGAAAUCAGCGAGGGAAGUGUUUGAAUUGAUGCCGGAGCGGGAUGUUGUGUCGUGGAGCUCUUUGAUUGAUGGGUAUGUCAAGAUUGGGGAAUACGGGGAGGCUAUAGCUAAGUUUGAAAAAAUGUGUGCUGCUGGGCCCAAGGCCAAUGAAGUGACUAUGGUCAGUGUUUUGGGUGCUUGUGCCCACUUAGGUGCACUUGAGAAGGGGAGGAUGAUGCACCAGUACGUUGUUGAUAAUGGUCUGCCUUUGGCCUUAGCCUUGCUGACUUCUCUUGUGGACAUGUAUGCUAAAUGUGGGGCGAUAGAGGAGGCUUUGGCUGUCUUCCGUGGGGUUCCAAUGGGUCGAACUGAUGUGCUGAUUUGGAAUGCCAUUGUUGGAGGGCUUGCAACGCAUGGAUCGGUCAAAGAUUCCCUUGAAUUGUUCUCAGAAAUGCAGCGUGUUGGGAUCACCCCGGAUGAGAUCACAUACUUGUGCCUGUUAACUGCCUGUGCUCAUGGAGGAUUAGUAAAGGAAGCUUGGCAUUUCUUUGAGUGCCUUUGUAAAGAUGGCAUGAGACCUAAGAGUGAGCACUAUGCUUGCAUGGUAAAUGUGCUGGCACGUGCAGGUCAAGUAACCGAGGCAUAUCAAUUUAUAAGUCAAAUGCCCAUGGAGCCAACGGCUUCAAUGUUAGGUGCUCUGCUUAGUGGAUGUAUGAGCCAUAACAAAUUAGAUCUUGCAGAAAUAGUUGGAAGGAAACUUAUUGAAUUGGAGCCUGAUCAUGAUGGUAGAUAUAUUGGCCUUUCAAAUAUUUAUGCAGUUGAGAAGCGCUGGGAUGAUGCAAGAACCAUGAGAGAAGCUAUGGAGAGGAGGGGGGUGAAGAAGUCUCCUGGGUUUAGUUUUGUGGAAAUAUUUGGAAACCUCCAUAGGUUCAUAGCUCAGGAUAAAACACAUCCUGACUCGGAACAAAUUUAUGCAAUGCUUAAGUUUAUUAUACGCCAAAUUAAAUAUCAUACCGAUUAUGAAGAUCAAGAAUAUUGUUUGUAGGAUAUGAUAUAUGUCUGCACGGAUCCAAUGAAUUUUAUGGAAGUUCACAGCAAUUGAGAGGAUUGAAUAAUUCCUUAGAAUCUUAUAUGGGUCAGUGAAAAGAAUGAUUAAAAUUUGGUAGUUAAAAGGAUUUGGCAUAUGAUGCUUUGAGUGAAAGGUUAUUCUGCUCUCAAGUUCAGAUUUGCAAGGGGUAGCAGAGAAUACUAAAUGAAGCAUUUUUACCUCACUUGAUUUGCUGUCCCUCAUUCUUUUAAAGACGAUGCUCCCUUUUUUUUGGCCUUCGCUCAAGAAACUUACAUAAUACACCAAUUAUCUACUUAGGUACUUCAGUGAAUAAUGUAGCUGCAGUUUAUACCAAAUAUAUCAUAUAAGACACAACCGCACACUUCUUUUAAGAAAUAUUCUUUUAUUCCAGAUCAUCUCUUUGUUUUGUCAAAUCAUCAGAGGGAGUCACCAAGCACGAUGGGAUUCCACGACUGGCAUUGCAUAUAUUUGGAUAAUAUUGGGUGAACAGAAUAGUGCAUUUGCUGAAAAAAUUUUAGCCUCAUAACUGUUAGAUAAGAUCAAUCUGUGCUAUCCCUCCUGUAGCAGAUGCUCAUGUUGGCUCUAAAGCUGUUUAACACAGGUGACAUAAGGGUUGUCAGCUUUUGAUGGGUAGCAAGUUACCUUCCGAGGCAGAUGUAGGGUUUGUAGCAGAGACGAACCCAGGGGGCUUAGGCCCCCCACCCCCAUCCACUAGUUGGUAAAAUGCUUUACAUAGCACUACAUUGUGCAGAAGACACGAACUUAAAGUUAACAGGCCAUCAUACUGAAGGUGCCAGCUGUUCAAAGACUUGAAAGCUACAUAUCCUGUGAGAUUAUAUGACCUGUAUGGCACUGUGAAUUGCAGAAAAUGGACAUUUUAUCUUGAAGAAUGUUCUGUCACAUGCAGGCCUUAGUUGACAAAACUAGCCUAUAAUUCGAUGGCUGGCAUAUCUAGCAGUUUUGUAGAUGAUGAUAAGAUUUAUAUAUGAUGAUGAUGUUGUAGAAAUAAUGAUAAUAAUGUUGAUG